UCCGCUUUGCGCAGAGUGAAGCGUCUCGACAGCGCGUGACGAUCUGUGGCCUCAGUUUAAAAAUCCAGAAAGGCGGAAGUGUGAGCUGUAAGCGGUGAUGACAGCGCGGUUAUUUGUCCUAUCGUGUGCUCUGUCUGUUCGUCUCCCCGCCACUGAACAGCGCAGGAUUUUGGGGUUGCAGCUGUUAAGCAGUGAGCGGAGAGAGGCCAUGGCCAGUGCUCCGGGGGGUUUCCAGGACAGGGUUUGACGUGUGCUCGCUCUGUGCAGGAACACCGCUGCUGUCAGGAUGCUCCGACUGUUUGUUGUCCUGCUUGUUACCGGCUUGGUGCUGGCGUGUUUUACUUCCUGGGUGCUGGAUAGCUACGACACCACCUGGCACCCUAAACGGAGUUUAGCGCAGUCAGACGGAGAACAUGUUAGGAAGAAAAGAGAGGAACCUUUUCCAGGCGCAGAGCUGCAGAACAUCUUCUGGUUUGUGCAGGUAUCAGACAUUCAUAUAAGUCGCUUCCGUGAUCCGAGACGUGUCCCAGACUUCGAAAGGUUCUGUACAGACACUGUUGAGGUCAUUAAACCAGCUCUUGUACUUGCCACAGGGGACUUAACAGAUGCAAAGACAGAGAAUAAAGUUGGCUCUCUUCAGCAUGAGGUGGAGUGGCAGGCCUAUCACAACGUCCUAAAGAAAUCUCGAGUGCUGGAGCGCACAAAAUGGAUAGACAUUCGUGGAAACCAUGAUGCCUUCAAUAUUAUUUCUCCGGAUAGUGUAAACAAUUAUUACAGGAAGUAUUCUGCCAACCAGAAGCUUGGCUCCUUCCACUAUGUACACAGCACUCCCUUUGGGAACUAUUCAUUUAUCUGUGUUGAUGCCACCCUCACCCCUGGGCCUAAGCGUCCCUACAACUUCUUUGGAAUACUUAAUCAGAGUCAAAUUGACAUGCUGGCCACCUUUAGGCAGGAGAGUCAGAGCAGCAAUCAGACCAUCUGGUUUGGACACUACACCACCUCCACUGUCAUCUCCCCUUCACCAGGGGUCAGAGCCCUGAUGAGCAUGGCAGUGGCGUACCUGUGUGGGCACCUGCACACGCUGGGGGGUCUGAUGCCUGUCCUCCACAGCAGACACUCAACGGGAACACUGGAGCUGGAGCUGGGAGACUGGAUGGACAACCGCAGAUACAGGAUCCUGGCCUUUGACCACGAUCUCUUGAGUUUCUCGGACCUGACAUUUGAGGACUGGCCAGCAGUGGUCAUCACCAACCCCAAAGAUGCUCAGUACCUGCAUCCAGGAAUGGAGCCUGUGGGUCGCAUCUACAGCUCCACACACAUCAGGAUCCUGGUCUUUUCAGCAGCUCCAGUUACAGCAGUGUAUGUGAAUGUGGAUGGAGAGUUCUUGGGGAAAGCAGAGCGUGUAGGGGGACCUCUGUAUGUGCUGCGCUGGGAUCCCAAAGCCUACUCCACUGGACUGCAUACCAUUACAGUCAAAGCAGAGAAUUUGGCAGGUCAGACCAAGGUGCAAGAGCAACUUUUUACCAUGCAGGAGGACCUCACACCCAGCUUUGGCUUCCUACAGUCUUUCAUCCUCCUCACUGACCACUACAUCCUGGCACGGAUCGCUUUUGUAGCUGUCGUGUUGCUGAAUGUGGGCGUCCUUGUUGCCUUCAGAUUCUGGCACAUGCCCGCUGCCCGAGGGUUUCGCUCUCAAGCAUUUAUGUCCCUGCACCUUGUCAGCAAGAUCGAUGCUUUCUACUACACCUUGCUGCUGUUUAAUCUGUGUACAGCAUUAGGUCCAUGGUUCGUUGGGGAGGUAAUUGAUGGACACAGUGGAGCUUGCUUUGCUUUCGGUGUGUUGGUGGAUGGGCAUUUUCUUGAGGGCAGUCUGACCUAUGUUGUGGGUGUGAUGCAGUUGAUCUUCUUCAACAUGCCUCUGACAUGCUACCUCUGCUGGAGCCUGCACCAGCGCUUCAGCGGCUGCUCCUUCCGCUCUCACUUCUGCAGGCUGGGAUACCGCUGGAGUACUCUGGCUGUACACGUGGUCAUGCUGCUUCUCUUCAUCUGGCAGGCAUACUCCUGCUACUUCCUGCUGGAGACCUACGGCCUUUUGGCUUUCUUCCUGUCUCCGGUGCGUACCUGGGCUCUGCUGAUGGGUCUGCUGCUCAUCUACAAGGUCUGGAGGGGACCAGCUCCAAAUCUCACUAACAAGAGCAACUCACAGCUAUGACAACUAAACUGACCAGUUUUUCAGACACAGUUUUCAAUAUUUUACUGUUAUACAUAUUUGUGUGCCAAAUUCUCCCCUCUCUAUCUUUCUGUACAAUCACUAUACAAUACAAUCAUAAUAGGAGAGCUGGAGAGAUGUACUACUUAAGCAAGGGCAGGUUGGGCCAUUUACUUUAACACUGUUCUUGGGCCACUGUUCUUGUUCUUUUUCAGUAGAUUACACUGAAGUAUUCCAGCAAUUCAACACUGAUAGUUGUGACUGCCAGACUAAAAAAAAAACGUGAUCAAUUACAUAAAAUCCCGAUUUGUGGAUGAGCACUGAGACCCUCUGACUUGCAUAAUCAGUUGACAACCACUCGCAAUAUAAUUUGUUUCAUUAAGAGAGCAAUAGUUUGGUUUAAAAAAAAAAAGUAGCAAGUUUGGUUCUGCUACUUGGACAUAUUGAUGUCAGCAUUGAGGUUGUUAAAGUCUUUUUUCUGUUUAUUCACAUGCCUUCCUGCACCAAAUACAAACAGUUUAUUCAGAAUGAACAGAUAUUAUGUUCUAAACAUGUACAAAUACAGACACGAAUAGGAGACUCACUAUUAUUAUUAUUUUUUAUUUUUGUAAAGAAAGUUUGCCAGAAAGGUUCA